AUGAAGCUCCUUCUGGUCUUGACUGUUACCCUGCUCUUGGCCCAGGUCACCCCAGCCACAAAGUGUUGGGGUAAGUUGGGACGUUGCAGAAAAACAUGUGAAGAGAGUGAAGUAUUCUAUAUAUUAUGCAGAACUGAGGCUAAGUGCUGUGUAAAUCCCAAGUAUGUACCUGUAGAAACUGGAUUCUCAAAUGAAACUGGAAAACUAGGAUUAAAUUCUGCGGUCUGA